AAUACCUCACCCGCCAUGAUAGCUGUAAACCAAUUGACAGGCGAUUUGACAAGCCUAUUGAACGAAACAAAGAGGCGAAACACAGAUGUGCGCCGCAGUUGUGAGGCAGCGUUGUCGGCAUUGGCCAAGUAUCCUCCAAACCACCCCAAUGACCAGUUACUGCCGGCGGACAAAUCAAAGGUGUUGGCACCAUUCUUGAUUUCCUGCAACACUGGCAACGCAAGGUUCGCCAACUUGGCGGUUCCUGCUAUCCAUAAGCUCAUAAUAUCGGAUGCCAUUGAUCCCAAGGACUUGGAGCCUUUGUUGAAGUCUUUGUUGGAAGCUACUCAUUUGGCCAUCGAUAUCCAGUUGAGAAUUCUUCAAUGCUUGCCAAGUCUCAUGCAAACCUACGGUACUCAUAUUAGAGGCGUGUUGCUCUUGAAUCUUUUGAGUAUCUGCUCGAGCUUGACAUCCAACAAUAAGUCUACGGUGGUUAUCAACACUGCGUCGGCAACUUUACAACAGCUCUUCACCAAUAUUUAUGAUCUUAUCCCCGUUGACUUGGCAGGCAUACAAUUGACGAAAUCGGUUCAGGUGGAUGAGAAUGAACAGGUUGAGUUGGAUGAACUCUCUUAUGAGGGUUAUCUUAUUUUCCUGGACUUGUGUAAGUUGAUCGAUAACGACUCGCCCAAGUACUUUAAGAACUUGGCCCAUAUCAAGACCACUUCUGCAUUAGAAAUCAUAGAGAGCAUUCUUUCAAUCGAUAAGAGUUUGUUCAGCAACCAUAGGGAGUUGUCGUUCUUAUUGAGAAUACGAUUGAUUCCUUCGUUGCUAAGAAUCAUCAACUCAUCCACUGACUUUGCCUUGAUUAUUCGCACCAUGAGAAUCUUACUGGUGUUGAUCAGCUCCCAAUUGACUCACUUGGUGAUAGAAGGAGAAAUUGUCCUCAGUAUAUUGAACCACAUAUUGUUGAAUAAUGACAGUCUGGUCUGGGAAAAGUACGCGGUGCUAGAGCUUUUCAAGGGCCUUUUCUCCGAUUUUAAUGUCAUUCAAACCAUUUUCGAACUCUAUGAUCAGGACCCCAAGAAGAAGAAUGUUAUUCAAGAGUUAUUAUCUAUCAUUUCCACUUUUUUGCAAUACAAUUCUCAUUUAAUGAGAAACUCAAUUACCGUUCCCAGCCCUCAGUCUCAAAACCAAUUAUCAAAGCAAAACUCUACCGUCAAAAUCUCCAUCAUGGAUCUUCUUGACAAGACUGAACCUCCCAAUUUUAUUCCUCAAAACUACCCUAUUUAUUUGAUCUUCAGUAUUCUACUUUCCUUCACAGAUGGUAUGGCCAAAUUUGUUCAAUCAUUAUCUGAUAGCGGAAACCCCAAGUCUUUGGAGUAUGACAUUGAUUUCAUCAACAACUUGAUUUCUUUAACAUAUCCAAAUUUGUCGAUGUUGCUUAAGUCAUUCAUUCAUUCAUUGAUGGAUAAUGACUACUUUCAUCUACUCAUCCGCUCGUUGCAAAAAUAUACCCAUACAACUGGUCUACUCGGCUUAAAUAGCUUGAGAGAUGGUCUAUUAACCCUUUUGGCAGAAUCAAUAGUCAAGCAGGACCAAGAUCUUGAUGUUGGUGAAGCUGAUAGGUCUGUUCUUCAUGAGCAAGGAAAGAACUUGAUUGCUUUUGGUGAGUCUCUUGUAGAGUCUUUGACCAGUGGUGAUGCUGAAAAGAAAAAUGGCCUGUCUCAAGGUGACCCUCAACAUAAAUCCCAAAGGUCUUUGGUCGUAAACUUCAACUCAAGACACAUUACUUGUCUAAGAGCCUUGGUCAACCUUGCUAUUUCCUUGGGGUCGACGUUAACUGAUUCUUGGAAAGUCAUCUGGAUUACCCUUCAAUGGUGUGACUACUAUAUAAACGGACCGAACGACUUCAGCUUUGUUAACAAAAAAGAAGAAAAUUUUAUUCCCAGAUUAAGUCAACAAGAAGUCACAAAUAUCAAAACUUCAAUGAGCAAAUUCUAUGACAGCAUAGAUGAUUAUCCAGUGGAAAGCUAUCGGAAUCUUAUGACUUCAUUGGUAGAAUUGUUUGAACUGGAAUUCGACGACGAGUCACUCUCUGAAAGCCAACAAGAGCUGUUGGAAACUUGUCCAUACAAUAAGGUAUACUUUGUUAAAGAGAUCUAUAAUGUCAGCAAGAUAAACCCCAUCAAGUUCUUGGUAAACAAUGGUGAAAGCUUUGAACUUAUCAGUAACCUUUUUAUUAAGUUUGGUAUUACCAAGCAAAAGGGAGUUAACUUCAAUUUCAAGAUUUAUAUCAUCAACAAAUUUAAUGAUAUCAUUAAAAACUUGACCACAGAAAGCUCCAAAACUGAUGAUAAUGUGGUGUUCAACCGUAUAAGUGACAUUUGCCUUGGAGGAUUGAACAACUUGGUAAUUGAGUUGAAUAAGCAAAGGUAUGAUGAGUUACUUAUCAUAAAUAACAAGAUCGAGAUUCAUUUGAUCAUUUUGAGCACUCUUAAUGACUUGAUUGAAAAUUACAAUAAGAACUUAACCACCGAGAAAUCAUGGAAUAUUAUUUUCAGUAUUAUCAACAAUCCGUUUGAGUUCAGAAAGGAUGAAUUGAAGGGCACUAUCAAUGAUAGUUUGAAUGACAAAUUCAGCUUAUUGCUUAAUUCCUCCUUCAAUUCCUUGAAGCUUAUUCUAAAUGAGUUUAUUGUUAGUUUGCCGAUUAACAAGUUCAAAAAAUUGAUUGAUACCUUAUAUAACUUCUGUCUGCAAACUAACGACUUGAAUAUUUCGUUCAGUUCAAUUAGUUAUUUCUGGUUGAUUGGGGACUCAAUUAAGAACAGGUUUAACGAAAGCUCCCAAACGAGUCCAAGUGCAAAUGACACUUUGACAAAUUUCAAAGAGGACGAACUCGUUAAGUACAUCGAAUCAGCUACAACAAGUGAUGUGGCUUUCUACAAGAGCUUGGACAUCUACCUAUUGUUAAAUUUGAUCAAAUUGUCAAGUGAUAAUAGAGCCCAAGUAAGGGAUGGAUCUCUUCAAACUUUCUAUGAAAUCAUUGAUAUUCAUGGGAUAUUGUUUGAUGCUAAUGAUUGGAAGUUGAUCUUCAACAUCGUUAUCACGAAGAUUUUCGUGAUUCAAGAUCUAGAAACAAAGGAGUUGAAGGAAACCGUUUUGUUGAAAUUGGACGGCAUGAAAUCAAUCUUCAGCAAGUUUCAUCAAUUGCUUGACUUGAGUUUCUGGCUGCUGUUGUUCAACUUUGGAAGAGAGAUAAUAAAAUUGAACAAGGUUGAAGUUCACAUUGUGCUUUUGAAGAAGUUUAAUGAUUUGUCCAGCAUUGAAGUGACAGAUGACAAUAUACAAAAGGAAUUUUUUGAGUUCUGGUGUGGUUUCUCCAUUGAGUACGACUUUGUUGACCCAGACUUGUACAUUGAAUGCUUAUUCAAUUUAAUGGAAAACUUCCCGUUGGUAUACAGAAAGAUCUACCACACAAUCGAUGAAGACAAGGUGCAAAAGAUUUUGAAUGUAUUUACAAAGUGCUUGCGAUAUCCGAUUAUCAUGAACCGGUCUGACGACACACAACCAACAUCUUUGCAGUCCAAGAUCUUUUCCAACAUCAAGUUGAUUGAUGUGAAUGAGGACAAAAUCAAUGUGCUUUUGAUCCGAGAAUUAAGCAAUUUGUUGGUGUACCAAUUCAAAGUAAGGGAAAGAAUCGAAACCAAGCUCAACAACUCGAACUUGAAGUCCAGGUACAAGUUGCCAACUUUCAUUUCUGUUAGCAAUGCUUCUUUUGAGUUGGUUCAAGUGAUACUCAACAAAAUUGAAGACUUUGAAAGUUUGAUCUCAGACAAUACUAUUGUCAAGUUGAUCAAAUCGCUACUUGACAUUGUCGAAAACAAUUCUGCCGGUGCCAAUCCUGAAAAGCCCUUGUGGAUCGAAUGCAAUGGGCUUCUUAUCACCAUUCUUCAAAAGAUCACCCAACACCCCACGUCUAUGAAUAGCGAGAUCUGGAGGCUGAUUCUCAGAGCCAUCAAGAUCUGCUUCAGCAGUCAAGGCAAAGACAAUGAAAAGCUCAACUCCAAGCAGUAUUUCCAGAUAACGAAUAUCAUCUUACCACUCAUGAAGGACGUAAGUAUUAUCGAUGAAUUCCUCACCGAAGUGUAUCUCAACUCCUAUCUAUAUGAAAAGAAUGAGAUCGAAGUCGAGUUGAUGGCCCCUCUGGACUCAAUUGACAAAGUGAUUAAAAAUCUCGUGAACUACAACUUCGGAGAGUCGUUUGGUACUACUAAACCCAUUGUUUUCUACAGGCACAACAGCAUCAGAUUGGUAUGUCUUCAGGAACUCAUCCGGUUCAUCAACACCAACGACGAGCAAUUUUCCACCUCUGUCAAGCUCUUUAUUGCCAGGACAGCCUUCGCCUUGAGACGCUUGGUGGAAGAGGAACAAGUGGUGUACAAACGGCCUAUCUCUCGUACUCAAAUCAACGAAUUGAAGACGUUGUUAACGGGUUUAUACACCCAUUUGAAUACCAAUUACCACCCACAACAGUAUUCAAUGAUCCAAAGUCUCGUUGGUUUGUUAAUUAGGUUCAAUCCCUUCAUUCGGAAUCUUCACGACCUCGGACGCUUGUCCGAAGACAUUCUCCUCAAGUUCAAUAGUCUCAGUGUGUAGUUCCUAAUCCGCAUCAAAUUUCGCACCCUUA